AUCAAUUCUAGCCAUUAAAGGCUAAGAUAUCAUCGGACGUCCGACAACGAGGAGCAGGAAUCCGUACACAACUUUCUGCGGGAAGGGGGAUACAUCCGUCACGGGAGCUUUAUCGAACAAGAAUACGAUGACUACGCGGGCUCUCCUGUUCGUGUGUUGCUUCAUUCUUGUCGCUAGUACCCGAGGUGAAACAGCAGCGGCCGGGAGCGAUGAUAGUGCUGCAGCAAAGGUCAAGGCAGCACCCUUGGCAGACAUUCCUCAGAACGGCACACGCAAUGGCGAGGGCAAUGGAAAGUUCCUGGUCAAGAUCGGAGGCUCUGCAGCCUUUGCAGACACAACUGGCGAUGGAACUGGGAAUGGGAACACAGCGGCAGGCAGCGGGAACAACAAUGGGAACAAGGCCACUGGAAAUGGCAAUGGGAACGGCAACGGCAAUAACAAUGCCCAGAUCACAAUCGUCAACGACCCUGCUUUCCCGUCGUGCCCCCCUUGCCAGUACUACGACCCUGCCACACAGCUCUGCGUGAGCGUCCAGGCUUGCCUCAAUACCAAACCUGCAGCAGCAGCUGUUGCAGCCCCCCCAGCAAAUACCCUCAGUGUGGGUGGCGCAGCAGGGCGGAAGUUGAGGAUGUGACCUGGGUGCCCUGUUGAACAUCUUCUUAUGGAACGGAGGCAGUACUUUGCAGAGAUUCAGCUUGAUUUAGCAUGAUUUUGUUGACCUGUCGCCAAAGGCUGGGCCAAUUCUAUUAUUUUAUAUUGUGUACUUGUAGGGGAAACCCAGGUCCCUCAGUAAGCAAAGAACUUAUGCAGUCUUUUUUCGGCCACAGUAUGUCACGCGCACCUUUUAUUGCAACUGUCUCAGACCAGGCUGAAGAUGUGUCAAGUAUUGAUUGUAAAGAUGCAGGUGCUGUGGUGUGUUGGUGCAGAGACUUCUAGAUGGCAAAAUUCUUUUCUUGAGAUGAGACCUGAAUGACCAAAUUCAAGCUGUUGAGGAUCACGCUUGUUGCUGAGGUGUCCCAUGAAACUGUAACAUGCAUGCUAUAU